AUGUCUUACGUAAGGCAGAUGUGUGGCGAGAAAAGAGGAAAUGCAAGUAGCCGUCUAACGGAAGUGGUACUGCCCUGAGAUAUAGGCUGAGCGCGACGGGAGGACGGAAGCAUUAAAAGGUCUAACGGAGAGUUGAGAAUAAUCAGGAUUCAAAGUCGCCGAUAUUAAAAUGGAUAAGAGCGAUCUGGUACAGAAUGCCAAGCUUGCUGAGCAGGCUGAGCGCUAUGAUGAUAUGGCUGCAGCCAUGAAGAGCGUGACGGAGCAAAGUACGGAGCUGUCAAACGAGGAGCGUAACCUUCUCUCUGUUGCCUAUAAGAAUGUGGUCGGGGCGCGCCGCUCAUCCUGGCGCGUCAUCUCCAGCAUUGAGCAGAAGAUCGAAGGCAAUGACAAGAAGAAGCAGAUGGCACGCGAAUAUCGGGAGAAGAUCGAAUCGGAGCUGCAGGAAAUCUGCCACGAUGUGCUUGGGCUACUGGACAAGUACCUCAUUGUGAAUGCUGGUAGUUCUGAAGGCAAAGUGUUCUAUCUGAAAAUGAAAGGUGACUAUUAUAGAUACCUGUCUGAGGUUGCAUCUGGGGACGCUAAGAAAGAUACAGUGGACAAUUCCCAGCAAGCUUACCAGCAAGCUUUCGACAUUAGCAAGGGAGAUAUGCAGCCAACCCACCCCAUUAGGCUUGGCCUUGCCCUCAACUUCUCUGUCUUCUAUUAUGAGAUCCAGAACAACCCAGAAAAGGCCUGCAGUCUGGCAAAGACGGCCUUUGAUGAAGCCAUUGCUGAGCUUGACACCUUGAACGAGGAUUCGUACAAAGACAGCACCCUGAUCAUGCAGCUACUAAGGGACAAUUUGACUCUGUGGACAUCAGAAAACCAGGGAGAUGAAGGGGAGACCGGAGAAGGGGAAAACUAAUGGAAUUGCACUGUUAAUCCACCUACACUCUUAUCUUAAAACACAGACAGCUUAUAUACACACCCCCUUCCCUCCCUUCCCUCCCUCCACUCCAUCAGCCCCUCCCUCUUCUGUAUGACAAGCAGCCUGAAUUGCUCCUGACCAACUAGUUUCUCCCUCUCAGUUCACUGUGAGGCGACAGGGUCAUUUUCAGUUGUUAGUACGUUCAGUCACUUUGUAGACACUUGUAUUGUUUUCGUUAGCUUUGUGUGUACGUCUGCAUGUUUGUGGGAGCGAGUGAGAGUGUAAAAGAUAUUUUGUGUGUGCGCGCACUUGUGUGAAAGAGAUCUCGGGGGGAGGUGUUGUGAAUUUUAAUCGUCCUUCCAAAUUCCUGUGUCCCAGCUAGUUUGUGGCGCCCCCCCCCCCUUUUUUUUUGUUACUUUUAUUAUUGUGAUUCAACAUGGUAUUUACAGGUUCUAUUGUAUGGGUUUUAUUGUAUGGUAAUUAAACUGGCAAACACUGUGAUGGUAGGUGUUCCAUUUGCUUCACAACCCAAAAGCGGUUUGCGUUUAGUCUGUUUCGGACUCAUGUACAAUCCUGUAUUCAACUUACUGCAAUUCUGCUGUGGUCUCAUACAGAACGGAGGCAGGCUGUAUUGUGACACUGACAUCUGAGUGUAAUGCGCCUCAAUCAUGCUCAUAAACUUAAAGGGACCCUUUAAAUAUUAUAUUUCAAAUUGUGAAGGCAUUUUCUAUUACAAGUGCUCCCUGAAAGGCGUUGUUUUCCCUCCCUCUUCUACAAACUUAAGGGUAAAUUGAGUCACUGGUGAAAUACUUUUGUCGCAUGUGAUUGCAAGAUUGACUAUCGUCUAUAAAAUACCUGAAGAAAACUCGAGUUGUCUUGAAAUGUUUUACCUCAAUCACUGUACGAGUCUCGCUUGCAAAAUAACCCCUUUAACAUGUCUUUGUGUCUGGUUUAACCUCUAUUCCUUUUUACAAUUGGUGUUAAAAAUGCUUACAAAUUAUGAUAAGACAGCCUCACAAAGGGUAUGGUGUCAUUUUGACUGAAUGAUAGUGUCCUAAAUCUUGGGAAGGUGCCAUUUCAUCUCAUUUGAAAGAAAAUCAGUGUCACAAUACUGUGUAUCACCACUACAUUCCACAUAUUGUAGUUGAAGACACCAUUCCACGUUAUUACGCAGUUUCUUCUGACAAUGCUCCAAGGAAUUGAAAUGUUUUGUUGAUUAAAAAAAAAGAAGAAAAAAAAACUCAAUUUCAUUAUGCUUGAUGAAAAUGCAGUUAGUGAAUGUGGAACGAAGCCUGUCUGUAUAUCUGGUAUUUACUUGCUUUGUUUUUACUGACAAGUCUUAUGGCUAAAAUGCUUCUGUAACAGUCUAUUACCCAGUGCACACACGUGGUUGUGAAAAUUUAGAAUAGUUCUAAAAAGCAAUGAUGACUUGGAGAUAAACAAUGGUUGGUGUAAUUCUAGCUUUGUGUUUAUGUAUCUUAAAACCAUUCUAGUUUCACUCUACAUGUAAUACAUAGGAACGUGUCAAAGACCAUUCAGUGAAAUAAAGUUUCGUUUAAGAUAAA